AUGUCUCUCUCAGGUCCUUCAGAAAUAUCCCUCCCUUUAUGCUCCCAACCCAUGGCGGCCGAGCAGGGCGUAUCCCACACCACCAAUACCGAGACGCCACCCCGACCGAAACAGGCUGGGUCUCACUUCCUCAACCUACCAAUGGAGCUCAUCAUCCAAAUGGCAGCCGACUUCCUCCCGCGCAGAGAUCAGUACCGGCUGCUACAAACGUGCACAGCUCUGCGCCUCAUUCUCCGGUCCCGCUUCCGCAGCUUCCUCCUCGGCCCAGUCGACCCGCGGCAGCAACUCGAAUACCUCCAGCUGCGCGCGAGCACGGCGCCGUACCACUGGGUCUGCGAAGAGUGCUUGGACCUGCACAUGGUCAGCGUGAAGGACAGCGAGGCGGACAGUCCCGUCAAUUCCCAUCCCCGCUGCCCGCUCCGCGAGCUCCACUCCACCGCAGUAUCGUCCCGGCCGAAGCGGCCUAUCUUUCAUUCGCUGUCGUACGACUUCUACGGCUUCCAGCUGCAUCACCGCUUCGUCCAACUGGCACUCAAGUGGGAGCGCAUGGGUGGCGCCAAGGGCGGCCGCUUCGGCGCGCACCUCCGCAGACUGCUCUCUGGCCACGGGCCCGUCAAGCUACAGGACGAGGACCUUGGGGUUCAUAUCGAGCGGUUGGGCGCCGAGCCAUGGGAGGAGAUCACGUUCCGCUGCCGGGUGCGGGUCGUCGGCGGCCGGUUCAUGCUCGAGACGCGAUACGACUUCCUGUCCCGCCCCGUGUGGCCCGAUAUCCAGGCGGCACUCUUCUUGUGUCCCCACCAGAGCUGGCUGGCACCGAGAACGUUCGAAUUCCAGAUGCUCCAUUCCAUCGGGAACACCGAGUGGAUACGCGAGGCCCUGAACGCCCGGUGCAGCGCCCUCGCCGAGUCCAUGAAGGCGGUGGAGGAGAAUAGGGCGGCUUCCGUGGCGCUCUCGUGCCCGUACUGCCCGACGGACAUUCGGGUGACCUUUGUCGAGAUGAGCAACCGCAUGCUGCUCCGGGCCCACGCUUACCACGACUUUUGCGGAGACUCCUUGCCGACGGACUUGGACUGGCACAAAUGGGACCUUUCGACCGACAGUGACGGUAAGCCCUUGAUGGAAUCGUCGCACAAGCCAGGAGGCGUCAAGCAGCUCUGGGAUAUGGGCGAUUCAGUGAAUUGA